CUCGCUCUUUGGAACUCUUUCAGGUUUAUUGCCAAGCCAUGUGCCAUAAACCUUGGCAUUCAAGACAGUGGACCUCACAGAGCCCAGCCCAAUGCAAUUUUAGAGAAAGUGUUUACAUCCAUCACUAAGUCUCCAGAUGGAAAAAGGUUAGAAGGCUUGUCAAAGCAGCUAGACUGGGAUGUUCGAAAGAUCCAGCGCUGGUUUCGUCAUCGGAGGAACCAGGACAAACCCACCACCCUCACUAAAUUUUGUGAGAGCAUGUGGAGAUUUACAUUUUAUUUAAGUAUAUUUUUUUAUGGAAUCAGGUUUCUCUGGACGGCACCCUGGUUUUGGGACACACGACAGUGCUGGUACAACUACCCUUUUCAGCCUCUAACAUCCAGGCUUUAUUAUUACUAUAUCUUGGAGCUGGCCUUCUAUUGGUCUCUCAUGUUUUCUCAGUUUACAGACAUUAAACGGAAGGACUUUCUGAUCAUGUUCGUCCAUCAUUUGGCUACAAUUGGACUCAUCACAUUCUCUUAUAUGAAUAAUAUGGUGCGGGUUGGAACCCUGGUGCUGUGCCUCCAUGAUGCAUCAGAUUUCCUUUUAGAGGCUGCAAAGCUAGCCAAUUAUGCCAAGUACCAACGUCUAUGUGAUGCUUUCUUCAUGCUCUUUGGUGUCGUAUUCAUUGUUACACGGUUGGGCAUUUAUCCUUUCUGGAUUUUGAAUACAACCCUGUUUGAAAGCUGGGAGUUGAUUGGUCCUUAUCCUUCAUGGUGGCUAUUCAAUGGGCUUUUGAUAACCUUGCAGAUCUUGCAUAUCAUCUGGUCUUAUCUCAUCAUUCGCACUGCCUACAAGGCCCUCGUGCGGGGAAAGGUAUCAAAAGAUGACCGCAGUGAUGUAGAGAGCAGCUCUGAAGAGGAGGAUGUGACUUCCAACAACACAAAAGGAGUUUUCAGCACUUCGAGUAACGGCUCCAACCGCAUCAAUGGCCACGUGGCUAGUGGCCAGUGGACAGAAGAGGAGUAAGGCUGUGGGUUGGCCUUGAGCAAACACGAACUUAUCUUUAAAUAUCUAGAUGUGUUGAGCUCCACAUUCCCAAGUGAUCUUUAAUCAAGAUACCCCUUCCCCAGAAACCUCCAGCAAAUCUGAAAUGGGCACAAUCCAGACCAGUCAGAGGCUUUGCACAACAGAAGGGAUAAAGCCAAUGACUAGGGCAAAAACAAAGCUGCAGAUUUCACUUUAAGCCAUUUUGUACGUAAAUCUUAGUCCCAUCGACAUUUGCAGAGGUGUCUUUGUGAGAAACUGUUUUUUACUCAGAUCAACUCAAGGCGGAACAAGUUUGGACUAGGCUGGCUGCUGACCA